UCACUUGGUCACAGCCCGACAGACUUUUAGUCAUUUGGAUCCACACUGGGGGGAAAAAUCACCUUGCGAUCUGAUUCUAGCUGAAAAUCGGGGAGCUCUGGGCACGUUGGCUGCAGCAACCCCCUAUGGUCUUUUCUGAGGUGUCCUGUGACUCAGCUCUUAAGAACUUAAUGAAGUAGAUGACUUGGCUACGAUGUGGGAAAAUCAUGACAGAAAGUGUGGUUUGUACCGGGGCCGUCAGUGCUGUAAAGGAAGUCUGGGAAGAAAGAAUAAAGAAACACCAUGAAGACGUGAAGCGGGAGAAGGAAUUUCAGCAUAAGCUAGUGCGGAUCUGGGAAGACCGAGUAAGUUUAACUAAGCUGAAAGAGAAGGUGACCAGGGAAGAUGGAAGAGUCAUUUUAAGGAUAGAGAAAGAAGAAUGGAAGACUCUCCCUUCUUCUUUACUGAAACUGAAUCAGCUACAGGAAUGGCAACUUCACAGGACUGGAUUGUUGAAGAUUCCUGAAUUCAUUGGAAGAUUCCAGCAUCUCAUUGUGCUAGAUUUAUCUCGGAACACAAUUUCAGAGAUCCCCCGAGGGAUUGGACUGCUCACUAGACUUCAGAAACUGAUUCUUAGCUACAACAAAAUCAAGACUGUCCCCAAAGAACUGAGCAACUGUACCAGCUUGGAGAAGCUAGAACUGGCUGUGAACAGAGAUAUAAGUGACCUCCCACCAGAGCUCAGCAAACUGUUAAAACUCACUCACCUUGACCUGAGUAUGAACCAGUUCACUACGAUCCCUCUUGCUGUGUUGGACAUGCCUGCCCUCGAGUGGCUGGAUAUGGGAAGCAACAGCCUGCAAGAGCUUCCUGACUCACUAGACAGAAUGCAAAGCUUGCAUACACUGUGGCUGCAGAGGAAUGAAAUAACAUGCCUGCCAGAGACAAUCAGAAAUAUGAAAAACUUGGGGACUCUUGUUCUCAGCAACAACAAACUACAAGAUAUUCCGAGCUGCAUGGAAGAAAUGACGAAUCUGAGGUUUGUCAACUUUCGAGACAACCCAUUAAGACUGGAGGUGAUGCUUCCUCCCAGUGACAACACAGAUGGAGAGGAAGAACAGGAGUUAUUUGGGCUGCAGUUUAUGCACGCAUAUAUACAAGAGUCCCGGAGAACAGAAGACCAAGUCAACUGUCUGACUCAAAUGCCAAGCUCCAUACAUUCUGAUGGAUAAAGUAAUUGAAAGAGCCUUGCUGAAAAGGAA